AUGACCUCCAAAACCAGCAGACCUACAGCAACAAACCCUCUCCAUAGAAGCACAACAUCAGGAACACCCAUGAGACCCCAAACAAGCAGCCGCACAGCAACAAGUCCCCAGCAUAGUAGCGCGACAUCAGGAGAGCCGUCUCCUACAACGCAGUCUUCAGGAACACCCAUGAGCCCCCAAACAAGCAGCCGUACACCAACAAGCAUCCAACCUGGUAGAACGACAUCAAGAGGGUCAUCUACUUCAAUUGUGUCCACAAGUCCAGGUGCAGGUGAAUCUGUAUCUCCCAGUCGGCCUUCACCCUCUGCAUCGACGUCCGGUACUGCCGGAGAAUCUACUCACUCUGUCCAUCACACACAAUCUUCAUCUGAACAUUCCACGUCAACAAAAGCGCCAACAAGGAAUCCUACAACAGGAGAAACCGUGACAGUGUACGUGAAGGUAUCCUACAAGAAGAUCAUAAUUCCUGAUCUCAAAUCAACUCUUCAGUCAGAUAUUGCUUCAAGGCUACAGAACGUAAAUCCUUCAAGUAUACAGAUUUUUAUCAGCCUGAAACAACUAUAUGACAGUGCAGGAGAGGAGAUCACUGAGGUGACAAUGCGAUUGACAUCACCACCAGCUUCAACCUUCUCCGUGUCCAAAGACUACCUGGAACAUUCAAUGCCAUACAAUGUAUACAAAGGAUCGGUAGAGGAACUGAGGAUGUCAAAACCUGAGCCCAAGUCGGCGACUCCAGUUGGCCUAAUAGUUGGCAUUGUAGUUGGAGUUCUUGUCGUCGUUGUAGUCGUCGCUGCUUUUAUUUGGUACAGAAGGCGGACCCCUUUCGAAGCUCCCGUGAGCCAGUGGUGGAGAAGUACAAACAGCGCCACAGCGCCCGCUUUGUGGAUCUGGAUGUCGAACAGGAUGCUACGUUUCAGAAUCCAACAUACGGGGAACAUGAUGUGACAAUUCAUAAAGACAUGCACGAGGAUGGAACCUACCGACCUGCGUUAUAUCCAUCUAUCAGCACCGGCAGCGGUCUUCCUGACGCAGACUGACAACAUGGAACCAUAUUCCAUAAUAGCGGACCAAAUAACUGCUGACAUUUUAGUAUUGCUGAUCAAUGCAAGUAUUGAUUGUUUGUUUGGUGUUUUUGUUUGUUUGGUGUUUAGCCGCACUCAUCAAGAUUUCAUCUAUAUGGCGGCGGUCUGUAGACCACAAUUGGGAUACGAUGACAUGUGUCAACCAGGUCAGCGAGUCUGACCCCAGUCCCGUUAGUUGUCCCGUUCAACAUGGGUUGCUGAAGACCAAUUCUAACCCGGAUCUUCACGGGUCUACAUGUGUUGACUGGUAUGAGUGCAUGUGUGACAAUUAUUAAACACAUGUGUUGGCGAUUACUAAUGCAUGUAUUGACUUUAUUUAUGAAUGUGUUGAAUGAUAUUAAUGCAUGAAGUGGCUUUAAUCAACGCACGUGUUGACAUUUAUUACUGCAUGCGGGGACUUUAAUCAAUGCGUGUGUCAGUUAUCAAGAGAUGGUGUGAGUGAGCUCGUGUUCACAGUUUUAAUGCAUGAUGUGACUCUUAAUCGAUGCAGAUAUUAACUGUUAUUAAUGCAUGCUGUGUCUUUAUUGAACUCUCGUGUUGACAGUUUUAAUGCAUGUGUUUACUGUUAUUAAUCAAUGUGGUGACUUUAUGUACCGCUCGUGAGUUAGUUUGGUUUUACACCGCUUUUAGCAAUAUUCCAGCAAUAUCACGGCGGGUACAUCAGAAAUGGGCUUCACACAUUGUACCCAUUAUGGGAACAGAACCCGGGUCAUCGGCGUGACGAACGAACACUUUAACCUCUAGGCUAUCCCACCUCCCCCUUUGUGUGCAAGACUUACAGAGACUAAGAGGCAUAGAAUACUUCAGCUUACAUCAGCUUACGGAUGAACUGGGUAAUCAGAUAUUCAAGUCACUACCUCCUGUUUAUUGAAACAUGUUGGAGAGAAAACUAUCAUUUCUUUCAUCUUUAUAUAAACUAUGCUUGAUACCACAGACCAAUUAUCGAUUUCGCAAUGUGACUUGCAAAGUGUCAGGUCAACAAACGUUGGCUUCAUGUCUGGUAUAAAUCUGAUAUCAAAUGUACAGACUGAACAGGUCCACCUGGACAUAUUAUCUUUACCUGUAUAUCAUUUAUAUCCCUCACUGUUUAUAUCAUACAUUGUCAUUAAAACUAUUUGAACACUGAA